CCUUGUUUUGGCGAUUGGAAAACUCUGCUCUGCUCUUGUUCCACUGUAAACUCUACCGUAAAGAUGAGCAAAGCGGUGCUGUGGCAGCGCGGUGAGAUACUGGAGAUGCUGUCUAUCGUACGGACCAGCGGAAUCGGAUUCCUGAACGGUACACGCAGCAACCAAAACGGUGAACUGUUCCAGCAUAUCGUGCAACGAAUGAAGGCCAGUGGCAAAUUCCCUCACCGCGAUGCGGCGCAGAUCGAGACGAAAUGGAAAGUGCUGACGGGGGUUUACGAUCGAAUCAAAAGCGACGACCGAAAGCCGGCUUCGCAAUUCGAGUUUUACACCGAGAUGGACGAAAUCUUCGAACUGGCUGCGAAGCGCAACAAGACGGAAACGGCGGCCGGCGUCCAGCUCCAGGGUGUGGAGUCCCUCGCCCCCAUGGAAUUCUACACGGUCACCAACGAUGGGUUUUUGACCGAGGACACCGAGGACCAAGUGAUUGAGGAAGUCGUAUUCGAUUCCCAGGACGGGAUAGAAUUCGCGGAACUUGCCGCCCAACCGGCUCGUACGAGGCGCAAAAAGUUGACAGCCGAAAAUAUGCAAGCGCUUCUGGACAAGAUAGCGGAGAUGCAGCGAAAGCAUCACGACGAUUUCAACAAAAAGCAAAUGGAUGUCAUCGAAACAGAGUUCGAGGCGUUCCGGACGAAGGAAAGGGAUCACAUGUUACAACUGAAACUGGACAUGGAAGUGCUCAAGACGAGGUACCUCGAACGGAUUGUGAAGGUGGCCCGCGGCGAAGCAUCCGCUGCUGACGUCCUGGAAGAGGUGAAGCCGGUGACAGCCCAGCCGAGCAAGCGGCGGAAGACGUCUUUCACGAAACGUAAUUAACCGCGUGGAGCCGAAGUGGGGCGCGGUUGGUCAAGUAAAAUUCAUAGCGUUCGUAAGCUGGAUAAAGGACAAUGUGAUGCAUACGAGAUGAGUUGAAU